AUGCCCGGUCGCACCCUUCCGACGAUUCCGACCGCCGAGGUGCGCAAGCACAACAACGAAGAGUCGUGCUAUGUCACCAUUGGCACCAAGGUCUACGAUGUCACCGACUUCCUUGAGGGCCAUCCCGGUGGUCCCGAGUUCAUCCUGGAAUACGCUGGCAAGGACGUAGAAGCCAUUCUGAAGGACGAGAUCUCUCACACACAUUCCGAUUCGGCCUACGAGAUCCUUGAAGAGAGCCUUGUGGGCUUCAUGGCCACCGAGCCUGUCCUCAAUGGCGCAGUGAAGAGCUCGAACCCUGCGGAAAUUGUACCUCUGCCACCAACCGAGGUGGGCACACUGGAGCUCAAGGGCAUGGAACAGAACGGCAAGCCGCUGUACGCCGCAACCGGCAUGUCGUCUGCGGAAGACCUCUCCAAAGAGACUGACCCCACCAUGGACUACAAGCAGCACAAGUUCCUGGACCUGAACAAGCCGCUCUUGAUGCAGGUCUUCUUCGGUGGCUUCAGCAAAGACUUUUACCUAGAGCAAGUGCACCGACCGCGUCACUACAAGGGAGGCGACUCUGCGCCAUUGUUCGGUAACUUCUUGGAGCCGCUUAGCAAGACGCCAUGGUGGAUCGUACCAUCACUGUGGUGGCCUUGCGUUGCAGUCGGAACAGCUGUAGCGUUCGGUGGACUGUCAUCUACCAUGGAACUGGCGGGAUACUGGGCUUUUGGGCUGGGUUUCUGGACCAUUAUCGAAUACGUUCUGCACAGGUGCUUGUUCCAUCUCGAUGACCACCUUCCCGACAACCGCUUCGCUAUCACCCUGCACUUCCUCCUUCACGGCAUCCACCACUACCUUCCCAUGGACAGGUACAGGCUCGUCAUGCCACCUACGCUCUUCGUCGUCCUCGCGGCGCCUUUCUGGAAAUUUGCACACGCAGUCAUCUUUUGGAACUGGUACGCUGCUUUGGCUGCUUACUGCGGUGGUAUCUUUGGAUACACCUGCUACGACAUGACACACUACUUCCUCCACCACCAGAAGCUACCCCCUUACUACCAACAAUUGAAGAAGUACCACCUCGCACAUCACUUCGCAGACUACCAGAACGGUUUCGGUGUCACGAGCCGCUUCUGGGACCGCAUCUUCGGCACUGAGCUCGAGAUGGGACCUUCCAAGGUCAUCAAGUCGAGCUAA